GGACGGUAUCGACCAAACAAACUGACGAUAAAUACACACCACCAGCCAAUGAAAACGCAGAGAAUAGCCUGCAGAGCAAGGCCGCCCAACCGUCUCUGUUGUCGCUGAAGACAUUCCUGCAUGUUAAGAUUCCUCUACUCAUUGAGCAACUGGAGCAUUUGAGGCACGCAAAUACACGUGCACACACCAACACAGACACACAUACCAACAUGCUCUCCCAAUCACAGCCGUGUAUGAACGGCGAUAGAGAUAUAAAUAGCACAUAUAUAAAUAGAUUAAGCGCGGGAGGGCUCAACCCUGUACACAACAGCUCGGAUACAGAUAACAUAGGCGUAUAUAAAGACCCCCUAAAUUUAGAGAAACAGACACAAGCAGCUACUGAUACCCAAUUACCUACGAGUUGUGCUAUGGAUAAAAUCGGUAAAGAUGAGCCCGCGCAAAGUGUGGCCGGACAAAACGGGACAACGGAAGCGAACACACAGACAAGGGGCAUUGUGGCGGUGGAGAAGGCUUUUGAAAGGGUCUGUGCGUCGCAGGUGCUCUUGGCAGGUGCACAGGCGUGUGUAGCAUUGGAUAAUGUAGCAGCGUGCUUGGGUGCGUCUUUGGUGAGCAAGGGACUGAUGUCGCAGGAGAGUCUCUCGUUUAGUCUGCGCUCACACGGCCUCUCCGCACACCCUGAUGGCCACCUAAUGUCAG